GCCUCCUCUUCUGGAUCACCGAACAACCCCCCCUUAAAAAAAACUUGGAAGAUAGGAAGGAAGAUGGGCUUAAAGCAACAUUUUUAGGCGCUUUUUUUGUCAAGUAUUGUGGUGUUUUCUUGAAAACACUAUACGAGUAAAAAAAAAAAUCAUCAAAGUUGAGACACGUGAAUCUACCGGCUUUUUUGCGCCAACCCAACGUGCGGAUCCACUUUUCCCCUUAACGCCAAUGCAGUACAGUGCAAUGUCCACAAGCAUUCUCAGGAGCGCCGCUGAGCAUGUUGUGAGAGACAAGGUGCCGUGCAUGCUCGCAGGAGGAGGAGGAGGCGGAGGAGGAGGAGGAAGAGAAGGAGGAGGAGUGUGUCAUUACGUGCUGCAAAAAAAAAAAAAAGUUGUGUGUGUGAUUUGCUGGAUGCAGGAGCAGAAGGUGCGCCACAUAUGAAGCCGAGCAGAGAACAUCCCACACUCCGCCAUGCGUGCGCCACCGCAUCACUUUUAUCAACAAUAGCAGCUGACUUUGUCUUUCUUUUGAACUGACUUUUUUUUUUUGUUUCUGCGGAGGAGACAAUCUUUUUGGACUUUUUGUAAGUUGAUGGAUGUUCGGGGAUAAUUUUUUCUCAUUUGGCGGAGCUCGCCCUGCAGGAAUGGCGCCAUAGACAAGUCCGCACCGGAACCAGAACCUUUUCACUUUUCUGUGCGCAACUGUCGUCAUGUAUUCUCCGAUUUGUCUCACUCAGGAUGAGUUUCAUCCCUUCAUCGAGGCCCUCCUUCCUCACGUCCGCGCCAUCGCCUACACAUGGUUCAACCUGCAGGCCCGGAAGCGCAAGUACUUCAAGAAGCACGAGAAGCGGAUGUCCAAGGACGAGGAGCGUGCCGUCAAGGACGAGCUCCUGAGCGAGAAGGCCGAGGUCAAGCAGAAGUGGGCCUCCCGGCUGCUGGCCAAGCUGCGUAAGGACAUCCGGCAGGAGUACCGUGAGGACUUUGUCCUCAGUGUGACGGGCAAGAAGCACCCGUGCUGCGUGAUCUCCAACCCGGACCAGAAGGGCAAGAUCCGUCGCAUCGACUGCUUGCGGCAGGCGGACAAGGUGUGGCGCUUGGACCUGGUCAUGGUCAUCCUCUUCAAGGGCAUCCCUCUGGAAAGUACCGACGGCGAGCGCCUGGUCAAGUCACCGCACUGCACCAACCCUGCACUUUGUGUCCAGCCUCACCACAUUACCGUGUCCGUCAAGGAACUGGACUUGUUCCUCGCCUACUAUGUCCAGGAUCAAGACUCACAGCAGUCAGGAAGUCCCAGUAACAAUGAGCCAGGCAAGAACCCUCUUCCAGUCUAUUUGGAGGACAGCUUCAUCAAGUCAGGAGUCUUCAGUGUUGCAGAGCUGGUGCGAGUAUCCAGAAUGCCCAUUACCCACGGUGCAGCAGUAAACUUCUCCAUGGCGGACAUGCCCGCACAACCCUACUAUCACGACCUGAACUCCAGCGUGGGGAUGCAUCGCUCCCUGUCCUCCCCGCCUGGAAGCAAAAGGCCCAAAACGGUAAACAUGGAGGAGAAUAUGGACACCAGCCCGACUGGACCGGACUUUUACUCAUCACCCAGCUCGCCAGCCAGCAGUCGGGCAAACUGGCACGACCGAGACGGAGCAGACAUGUCCUCUCCCACCAUGAAGAAGCCAGAGAAGCCGCUGUUCAGCCCCACCUCUCCGCAGGACUCCUCACCCCGACUCAGCACUUUUCCUCAGCCGCAUCACCCGGGCCUGACAGGUGUAGGACACAGUGUUAUAUCGACGAGGAGUCCCCCGCCACACUCGCCGCUGCAGUUCUCAGCCUCCGCCAUUCUACCCCCGGCGCCCUCGUCCUACUUCUCGCACACCACCAUCCGUUACCCGCCCCACCUCAACCCAGCCGACCCUCUUAAGAGCUACGUGCCGUCGUACGACCCGUCCAGCCCACAGAGCAGCCAGCCCAACAGCAGCGGUCAAGUCGUUGGAAAAGUCCCAGGUCACUUCACGCCUGUGCUGGCCCCCUCCCCACACCACGGCACUGUGCUACCCGUCUCACUCUCCAUGCCCGACACCAAGCCCAUCACCACGUCAACGGAAGGCUACUCCGCUCCCGGCACCCCGACGGCCAACCGCUUCGUCGGCCUGAGCCCCAGAGACCCCGCCUUCCUUCACCAACAACAGCUGAGGAAGUGUGACUGGAGCGUGACUCAAAACGGCAGGCAUUAUGGCCCCAGUGCCACUGACGACACUUUGGGGAUUGCUUGGCAAAGUCCUGGUACCUGGGCGAGCUUAGUUCCAUUCCAAGUGUCGAACGGGACUCCGAUCUUGCCAACAAAUGUCCACCAGAACUACAGCAUAAGCAUCAUUGGUGAGCCGCUGGUCCCCGCAGAGAGCGGCAACUGAGCCCUGGAGGUGGGGGGGGGGGCAUGUGAGCGCUUAGUGAGUGGGGAAGGGGGUUCCACCAGUGGAUGAAACCAGCAAACGUCUCAUUAUCUUACAUCCAUGCCGCCAUGAUGGACGCUGGAGGAAAGCUUCAUGUGUGCCCCCUUCUCCCACCAACACACACACUAAAACACACACACACACACACACUCGCGUACACACACACACACCAGCCAGUGGUUGUUUGCAGAACUUUCCAAUGCAUUCAAAUACUGUGAUGUAUAGAUGCCUUAAUGUUCUACUGCAUGACACUCAGAGCAGGCGCGCCUGCUUCUCACACGUAUAGAAACACGAGGGGGGGGGGUCAACAAAGUCACUGUGUACACCGUCGGAACAAACAUUGUGAAUUCUUAGACUAAACGUGUUGUUUAUUCUUUUUUUUUUCUUCUACUUCAACUAAAAAAAAAAGUAACUUUUGAGUGAUUGGAGCCCUGGCUAAAAAUUGGGAGGCCUUUAGGAAAGGCUUUUUUGUUUCGUUAAAGAAGAGCAAUUUGUGAUGGAGGCAAGUGCAAUUGAAUAUUUGAAUGGAAGCGAGCAGUCUGUCAGCCCUCAGACUCUAAAAGAAAGGGGGAUAAACGUAUUUUUUCGACAAUUUGAUUUCAGUCCCAUCCCAGCAGCAACACCAGCACUUGUUGUCAUCUCUUUGUGAGCCCUUCCCGUUUGUACAGGGACAUAUUUGUUGCUUAUUUAUUUCUUGAGAAAAAGUGGGGUUUAAAAAAAAAUAAAUAAAAAAAAGACGAGAAAAUAACCCCCCCCAACGAAAGAAAUGAAACACACGUGUGUGUAAAAACAAACAUGAUAAAUAAUGGCAUUUCACUUCUAAGAACAUUUGGCCAUCAUCGGCUUGUAAAGCUUAUGUUUACAACAAGUAGAGAAAACGUGUUAAGAGUUUGUGAAAAGAAUGAAUAGUGCGCCUCUGCAGUCUCUCCAGUUUAUUUGCACGAUGACACACUUGUCCACAUGAUGACGUGCCUUUUUCACACACACACACACACACACACACACACACACACACACACACACACACACACACACACACACACACACACACACACACACACACACACGCAUGCAUGCACACUAAACUCACUUUUUGCCGUACUCUGGGUGCGUUCACACUUGUUUGGGCUAAGAGGGUCAGAGUGGCCUGCUAGCCUGGUUCAUUUGGCCGAGAGGCGACUCAAGGGCGGUAUAGCUCGGUUGGUAGAGUAGCCGUGUCAGUACCUUGAGGGUUCCAGGUUCGAUCCCCGCUUCCGCCAUACUAGUCACUGUUGUUGUGUCCAUGCGCAACACACUUUACCCACCUGCUCCCAGCAUACUUGCUAACCCUCCUGAUUUUUCCGAAAUUCUCCCGAAUUUCAGUGCCCCUCCCGAAAAUCUCCCGGGGCAACCAUUCUCCCGAAUUUUUCCCGGUUUCCACCCAGACAAUAAUAUUGGGGGGCGUGCCUUAAAGGUACUGCCUUUAGCGUCCCCUACAACCUGUCAUCACGGCCCAUUCACAUAAUAUAUGCGGCUUCUACAGACACAUAAGUGAAUGCAACGCAUACUUGGCCAACAGCCAUACAGAUUUACACUGAGGGUGGCCAUAUAAACAACAUUAACACUGUUACAAAUAUGCACCACACUGUGAACCCACACCAAACUAGAAUUACAUUUCGGGAGAACAUCUGCACCAUAACACAACAGAACAAAUACCCAGAAUCCCUUGCAGCACUAACUCAUCCGGACGCUACAAUAUACAACCCCGCUACCACCAAACCUCACCUCCCUGAGUCACCAGGGAAAAGCGCUUUAUAAAUAUAAUUCACAAAAAAGAAGUUUGUUGUCAAAAUUGGAUCUGGAACUAAUCAUUCACGCAUUAAUUUUGUCUCACAUUGACUAUUGCAUUUCUCUUUUUACUCUCUUCACCAGUCAACGCUAAAAAGACUUCAGACGGUACAAAAUGCGACUGCCAGACUUAAGUCCGGUGACCCAGAACAGCCCCCGUCAUCCCGUUUUAUCCAGUCUUCUUGGGUUCCAGUUAAAAUCAGCAUUGAGUUUAAGAUUUUAGUCUUUAGGCUCUGCAUUGCAUAUUGGGGCCCUUCAGUACAUCACUGAUUUGUUAUGUCCCUACUCUUCAGGUCUUCAGGCCAGGGUCUUCUAAAGAUCCCAAAAACUCAUUUUAAAACCUGUGGAGACCUGGCAUUCCAGGCUAUAGCGCCCAGACUCUGGAACCAUUUACACCAGUCCCUCCGUGAUCUUGAUUGUGUUGAAACUGUAAAGAAACAUUUGAAAAUGUCUCUCUUUAGUAAAGCUUUUAGUUAAUGAACCUUUUAACUAUCGUUUUUAAUCCACUUUUUAUCCUUUUUAUGAUGUUGACCCUGUUUUAAUUGAAUUGUUUUUUUACUUCACCUAUGUUUUGUGAUUUUAUUUGUGAAAAGCGCUUUAUAAAUCAAAUGUACUUACUUACUUAAGAGAUGGGUCUCGUCAAGCUCGCAAACAAACGUCGGCGCGGUUUCCGUUCACUCGAGCUCAAACCUGAAGACUACACGGACCAAAGCAAGGUUCAAAUAAGAAUGAUGUAAGGCAAAGGUGCCGUCUGGCUUCUAAAGUACACGGUAAAAGCAAUUGGUCAAGUCCAAGCUAGGAAAUGUAACAUCAAAUGAAAAAAACCCGCACCGUAAAAAUGUUCAGUGUAAAAUCAUGCAUUAUUUUCACAGUAAAAUAUCGUCACUGAAUUCACGGUUAAUUAAAAAAAAGUUGUGACUUCACAAUUGCAAUUUUAUAGUAAUUACUCUCUGGGUUUCACCGCCAAUUAUGUAUAGAACCUUUAUUUAACCAGAUAAGAAACCCAUUGAGAUCAUGAUCUCUUUCAUGAGGGUGACCUGGCCAAGAGGUCAACAGCACAUGUCACAAAGUAGUUUCAAAAAAGUAAUACGUUAAGACAUACAUUUUUAAAAUACAUAAAAGAGAACUGUAAAACAAUAAAGUUAAAGUUAAAGUACCAAUGAUUGUCACACACACACUAGGUGUGGCGAAAUUAUUCUCUGCAUUUGACCCAUCACCCUCGAUGAUGGGAGCAGUGAGCAGAAGCGGUGGCCGCGCCCGGGAAUCAUUUAUGGUGAUUUAACCCCCAAUUCCAACCCUUGAUGCUGAGUGUCAAGCAGGGAGGUAAUGGGUCCCAUUUUUAUAGUCUUUGGUAUGACUCGGCCUACCGAUAUAAGGGCGGACACAGAAAGAUUUACAACUUUUAAAAACACAGGCACUGUGCAAAAGUUUCUUUCUGUCUGUCCCUCAGGACAGAACGGAAAGCUCUUUCUUUCCAAGAGUGAGUAUCGUUAACACCUGGAGGGACGAGUCAGUUUGAACUUCCAGUGGUUUGUUGCGAUUAGCGCUGUGAUUACGGUGUUUUUACGGAGAAACAACAGUUAAUUGUUGUGAAAUACGUGCAUAUCAUAAUUGUUGCAUUACAGCACAUUUUGGUUACAGUCUUUUACUUUGAAAAAAUACUGUUGGAUACAUUUUUACUGUGUAUAAGUUCAACUUUGCAGGGGGCAUUUUGUUUAGAAUACUUGCUAUAAUUUUGGUGUCAAAGGUCCGGCCCGCGGGAUGAGUUUGCUAAGUAUAAAAAUUAACCUGAAAUUUUUGAAUGUAAGAAACAGCUGUUCACUGGAAGUCACAAUAGCAAUUCUUUGUAUUUUUGUAGAUGAUGCUACAUAUGUAAAAAAAAAAACCACAUGGUUUUAGUACAUCCGUCGAGGAAAAUGAUCAAACUACAUAAAUAACGUCCUGUAAUUUUAUUUUGAUGUAUUUUUUAUCACGAUAGUUCAAAAAUUACCAACAAAGAGUUGACUCAUGAACAUUAUCACAUAAUUUAUUUACAAAAUAUAAGUAACGACAAAUAAAGAUAGAAUACUAUGAAUCGCAACACGUAGGUGUAAAAAAACUAACAACAUUAUGAUUUGUACAUUUGUGCUUGUUGUAUUUUUAAACAAAGAAAACAAUCUGAAGUUGUCUUUAUUUUUGAGUUAUCGUGCCGUGAUUUUAACAGUCCAGCCCUUUUGGGAGUAGAUUUUUUUUUCCAUGUGGCCCCCCAUCUAAAAUGAGUUUGACACCCCUGUCCAAUCAGGGCUUUACUUCCUGUUUACACACCUUUUGUCCCCUGACAAAAAUACCAGUGUGAAGGCUAGAACAACCACGCCAAAGUAUCUUCUUUUUUUUUUACAUUUGUGACACAAGUGUGAACGCAACCUAAAUCAUACACACAACACACAACACACAACACACACACACACACACAAAUUUAACAUUUGUAAUGUUUUGUACUGGGAAUGUCCAUUUUUAAAUACAUCAUGUCACAUGGCUAUGUAUAGUCUACUUUGUAAUCAAACAGUGUUUUAUUUCCUUUUAUUUCUUCCCUCCACAGUAUUUGUGCUGUUUUCCCCCCCAGUAAGCUGUCAUCUUUUUUUUUCUUGUUUUCCCCUCGUCCUACCGUGUGGAGAAUUCAGAAUGAUGACAAUUAUGCAAUACCAAGUUUUGCCUAUGUAGGUAGUGCUUAUAGAUGUCAAAUAUUAGAGGCUAGUAUGGAGAUAGACACUAUUGUAAUGCAUUUAUUUUUUUCUUCAUAUUGUUGCUUCUUGUUGUUGUUGUUGUUGUUGACGUUGUUGUUAUGGUGGUGGUGACGGUGGGGGCUUCUUUCCAUUGAUUUUUUAUUAUUUUUGACCAAAGCGGAGGGAAGGGGGAGCCGCUGACUAUGCAGCGGAGGACAAGGUCUUUUUUUUUUUUUUUUUAGCUUAGCUUACAGAUUUGAAGGUGGGAGUCAGGAGGUGUUUUUUCCCAGAAGUGCAUCCUUGGUGGUUGCAUGGCUGCAAAGUCACUCAUCAUAUUUCUUGUCCGUCUUCAAGAACCCGAGCCCUUGUGCACGCAUUACUUAAAGAUGGUGCUGGUCUUUGGUUUUGCAAGCCUGUCUAAAAGGUCCCAGAUAUGCAAAAGUGACUUUUUUAAUGACGUGCUAACAGUAAUGUUUCUCCACUCCCUACACUGCAAAUUAUUUGUAAUUUCCCCAGUUUUAAGAGCUUUUUACCUACCUUUAGUCGUCGACUAAUCUUAAUUUCAGCAUAAAUAUUAUAUUUUUAAUAUUCUUGUGUAAAAUGGGGAAAAUAACUAUUCAAAUAGGAUAUUUUGGUUGCCCCAACAUAGAAAAUAUUGUUUAAAGAUUAUGCAACAUUGGUCUGUUGUUUCAACUAUUAAGAAAACUGACAAUUAAAAAUACUUUGAAAUAAAAAAAUAGAUUCUGCAACAUCUGGAGGAUGCUUCAUUUAAGAUUUAAAAGAAUAAAAUACUUUUUUCCAGACGUAAAUAUAAAGUAAAAUGAUCCGUCCAUGUAGCUUGUUAAUUCACUAGUUUUUAGUAUUUUUUUCCCCCUAAAAUAGACUUGGACCAACUUUACUGAUCCACAAGGGAAAUUGUUAGACACUACAGUCCAAUUUUUUGGCAUCUCUUUUUUGCAGCGCAUACCCAGCAAAAUAUAUCAUCUCCCUUACUCGUUUAAAAGCCCACCGCUUCUUAAAAAACAAACAAAAAAAGAAAACGGGCUUUACUACACAUAUUUGCCAUUAUACUCAAGACGUGGCUUUAAUUUUGAUAUUUCUGGUGUUCUUCUAGGACUAGACCACAGGUGUCAAACUCAAGGCCCAGGGGCUACUUUUAGCCCGCCACAUCAUACCAUGUGGCCUGCGAAGCCUGGAAUUUUUUUUUUCACUAAAUGCAAAAAAAAAUGCAUAUUUUAUAUUUUAAAGGUGUACCCCGCCUUCCGCCCGAUUGUAGCCGAGAUAGGCACCAGCGCCCCCCGCGACCCCAAAGGGAAUAAGCGGUAGAGAAUGGAUGGAUGAAUAUUAUCUGAUCAUCCCAAUUGUAUUAUUAUACACUGUAUUGCAAAACUAUUUUUUAUGAGAUAAAAACAAAUCUGCUUGACACUGACAUUUACAUUUACACUGAUACAGGACAUUUUUUUAAAUGAUAAAUACAUAUGCAUUUCCAUCAAUCACAGGUUAUUACCCGUAUGCAUAAUGUAAAUUAAUUUUAAAACGCGGCAUUUUGAAUGUAGCAAUUGCUGCAAUGUGGCUCUCAAUGAAAAUGAGUGUGACACCCCUGGGCUAGACUAACCUAGCAUGACGUUGAAAUGUUAGCUAACAUAGUUAUGCUAGUGUUGCCAACGUUUGUGUCCUUGUUGUAUAUGCAGUAUAUGGCAUCUCUUUUUACAGUGUAUAAUCAUAGCACGGUGGGGACAAACACACAAUCAAAAUUCUGAAAUACUUUAUUUAUCCCAGAGGGGAAAUUAAGAUUUUCAGCACAAUCCCAUUCAAGAUCAGAAAAAACAUUACAGGGAGACAGAACAGGAUCGAUGAUGGGUAUGCCAACUUCCGGCACACCUUACAAAAAAGAUGAGAAAUAGGUAAACGCUGGGUGGAUGAGAAAAAAAAAAUCAGUCUAAGCCUGGGCCCCUGCAGAUGGGGUCCAUACUGAGGCCAAGUGGAAAAAAACCCCUCAUACAAGUGCUAUGGCUAUGAGUUUUUCCCCCGCUUACGUGUGUAAGAGGGAAACAUCAAAGAACACAAAAUACAUUGAAGACAUUAAAAGAGCAGAGCUGAUGCAACCAGACAUUUCUACACACAGCUACAAAAGUAAAAAAAACAACAACAAAAAACAUAUACACUGUGGUGACCUCUGUGGUGUUCCACGCCAUCGUCUGCAAGGGUGGGAGGAGCAUGACCAGACACAGGAGCAGACCCAUAAAAGCAACCAAGAGAGCCGACUCCACCCUCGGUCGCCCACUAACUCUCGGAGAGUGUCCAGUCUGCAUGGAUGAGCGAGGAUGCGUCCAAGGCCGGCCUGGGCAGUUAUUUUGACUGGGGGGCCAAAUUUAGAGAAACAAAUGUGUCUGAGGGCCGGUAUAUCUAUUUUUAGGAACACUAAUACAAAGCCUCACAAUAAUGUCUGAUUGAAUGCUAUAAACGUUUUGACAGACCGCCUUAAAAAACGAAAUGGAAUUAUACAUUUUUCUAUGAAGGAUAAAACACUGAAUAUUGACAACAUAUGGAAGUCACACCCCCUCUCGAUCGACAUAUUUUACAAUCAAGCAAAACGCGACAAGCAGUGAAAUAUGACCGCAAAGGGUAAAAAUACAAUAUGCAAUCUGAUAUACAACUAAGUUUUAGACCUUUCAGGCUGACACUCUGCGGAAACGCUCCCCACCCACACUGCUUGGUGCCUCGUCUCAGCUGCUGUGACUUAAUUACCACAGUAACUAAUUAAUUACCAUAGUAACUAGUAUAUCAGGCAGAAGCGCAGAUUCCAACCAUUGAAAUAUUUUGUAUAGUUGAAGACUUAUGGUCAUUUGAAAACAUGACUGCACAUCAUAAUGGCAGCUACACUUUCCUUCUUAAAGAUCUAGACAAAUGAUUUAGGAAUAUUGCCAUAUUUUUGCUGAAAGGAUUUAGUAAAGAACAUUGACAAUAAAGUUCGCAACUUUUGGUCGCUGAUAGAAAAGCCCUGCCUUUACCGGAAGUAUGUGCGCGUGACAUCACGAGUUGCAGGGCUCCACACAUAUUCACAUUGUUUAUAAUGGGAGCCACCAGCAGUAAGAGCAAUUCGGACCGAGAAAGCGACAAAUUCCCCAUUAAUUUGAGCGAGGAUGAAAGAUUUGUGAAUUAGGAUAUUGAUAGUGAAGGACUAGAAAGAAAAAAAAGCGACGGCUCUGGGCGGCGGCAGUGUGAGCGUUUCAGAUGUAAUUAGACACAUUUACUAGGAUAAUUCUGGAAGAUCCCUUAUCUGCUUAUUGUUUUAAUAGUGUUUUAGUGAGAUUGUAAAGAUUGUAAAGACAUACCUCGAGGUCGGAUGGCUGCGGUGAACACAAAGUGUCUCAGAAAGAAGCCGAGGAGCCAAGCUCACAGCUGCCUUUUAAAAAGCUGCUGCAGGACGACGAAUAAUCCAAUGAUUUCUCCGGUAAGAUAUAUCACAAUUUCCCCAUCCAAAAACAUGCUGGUUGACGUAGAAAACAUGUUCGCUUUACCGCUCUGUGUUAAAGCUUCACAACAAACAAAGAAACACCGGCUGUGUCUCGGUGCUAAAGACAGCUUUCCACCAACAGCAUUGUUCUUUAUAGUCUCCAUUAUUAAAUGAACACAUUGCAAAAGAUUCAGCAACACAGAUGUCCAAAUUACUGUGUAAUUACGCCAUUAAAGCAGACGACUUUUAGCCGUAACUGGUGCUGAGAUAAUAUUUCCUGACAGUCAGUGACGUCACGCGUACGCGUCAUCAUUCCGCGACGUUUUCAACAAGAAACUCGCGGGAAAUUUAAAAUUGCAAUUUAGUAAACUAAAAAGGUCGUAUUGGCAUGUGUUGCAAUGUUAAUAUUUCAUCAUUGAUAUAUAAACUAUCAGACUGCGUGGUGGGUAGUAGUGGGUUUCAGUAGGCCUUUAAAAUGCCCAGGUCUUGUCUAAGGAGACAUCACAAACUUACUAAAAGCACUUAAAACUGUUUAAAGUCCAGCGUCAAGGCUAGAUUUUGGACAACACACGUCGGAGAGGCUAUCCUGGCAUCCCUGAUUUUUAUUUAUAAAAAGUGGACUACAAUAUGGGACCUUUAAGAUCCAGAGCUUUGACAGUCGGUAUGUGUGGACAAGGGUGUCAAGAGGCCAACGUUGUUGUUUUUUAUUCUUUAGCGGAGAGACGGCUUGACUUGAGGGCGACAAUCACCGCAUUGGAAAAAACCCUUUUUAGCCGUCGUCGGAUGCAAAUCCCAAGUAGAUGCCUUAUAUGCCUGCCACCUGCGCAACAAUCACACAGAUCAACCUUUAAGAGUGUUGGAGAAGUGCGUUCACGUGCAGUCAAGCCUCCCUCCUAUAAUCGCUACAGUAAAUUGGACUGGAUGGCACUUACUCAACUCCCUCUCAGUCUUUGCAAUCUCAGGCGUACCACAGGGCAUGAUGCAUGUCAAUCAGUAGUGUUCUUUCUAGUCACACCUUUUGCACUACAAUCGCGGCUGCUGCGUUAAAAAAAAAAAAAAAAAAAAAAAAAAAAUCCUCAAGUCGAGUCCCGUCUCUCCGCUCUCACAGAUUUCUUUACUUUUUAAUUAUUUUGGAGCAAAAAAAAAAAAUCACCCCACAAUAUGUGCACUCUUUUGUCCUUGGAAAAAAUGUGCUUUGCAGCCUGUGACCAUCAGACCCCACUCAAGUGCAUUGUCCCCAAGUGUGUGUGUGUGUGUGUGUGUGUGUGUGUGGGUCUUUCUAUUCAUUUUUUUAAAAAAGCUGCCACCAGACAUGAGUUUGUACACUGUAAACCUUCUCCGGCCCUUAUUUGUAAAUUCUAGGGGGAAAGUAAUGGUGUCAGUUCCAUUUUAGGGAAGAAAAAAAAGUAUUUCAGAGUCUGGUUUUGAGUUAGAACUCCCCAGAUUCCCCCCAUUAAUUGAAUCUAAAGUGUUGUUGUGUUCCUGUAAAGAAAAGAAGAAAAAAAAAGACAAAAAAAAGAAAAGAUGGAGGGGGCUAUUCUUGAUGAAAAAACAACAAUGAAGGCUUUUUUUUUUUUAAAUUUUAAAAUAUUAUUUACCUGAUCUUGUAGGUAUUCCCAUAUGGGAAGCGCUUCAUAAUAAUAAUGAAAAAUAUUUGAAUUGUUAUAUUUCAUUAGUGCGGGCGUAGCGCGUGUGAUGUGACCAUAUAUAUAUUUUUUGUUUGUUGUUUUUUUUUUUUGGUGAUUUCUUGUCCAACAAGAUGUGUGUUCUUGUAGCAACUGGGAGGCGAACAAAAGUAAAGGCCUCGUGUUGCACCCGACCUUAGUGAGGAAGCAGGGUAAAUAAGACGAGGACGAAAAUGUCCCCUUAAAGAUUGUUGGUUUAUUUUUUAGAUUUGGUGCUACGUCCUGAUUGGCUGAGCUCACCGUGCACUGAUGUGGAGCUAGCGCCACCCUGCUUUCUCAUCAAAAAUGUCCCCCCCCCCCGUGUUUGUCCUUUUAUUCAGGCGGGGGUGUCCCGAGUCCGGCUCCUAGGCCACUUUGGUGUGUUUUUUUUUUUUUUUUUGUUAAAUAAAGAGUGAAAAUGUACAUGAUCCACAUCAAGGAGGAUUAAAGCCAAAAGAAAAAAGAAAAACAUGCAAAAUAUUCUGGAAUAAUUUCAUUGAAAUGGACACUAUUUUCUGUCAUGUAUAAUUCUUCAUUGUUUAUCUGAGAUGAUUCUCGUGAAUAUGUAGCCAUUUUUUCAAAAUAAAAUUUUUUUUAAACAUUUUUACCUUAAAAGAAAAAGGACAUUUAUGUUUCGGCCUCUAUUAUUUAUAUUCUAUUUAAAUGUAACGAAUAAAUAAUUCCUAAUUGUUUUUUCUAGGAUGAUUUACGUGAAUCUGGAAUUAUGUAGCCAUUAUUUCAAAAUAGGAAAAAAAAUGUAGUCUAAAAAGGAAAUCGAUGUUUCGGCCAGUAUAGUAUUUAUGUACUAUUUAAAUGUAAUGGAUAAAUAAUUCUUAAUUGUUCAAAUACUGUUUAAUUAUUGAAUAUUUCAAUAAUCUGUAGUUAUUUAUUUCCAAUUGGAGUAAGAAUUUAUACAGGAUUAUUCAAAUAUAAUUCAUAUUUGAAUACUCUGGAACUGUUAAUUAGAUUUGAUUGUAGAUCAAAUCUACAGUUAAAUGUAAAUAAUAAAUCAUCAAAAUAUAAACAAUCUAUCGCCUUUUGGAGUUAAAAAAAUUAGAAAAAGUAGGAAUUAUUGGAGAUAUUGAAAUGAUUAGAGAUAUAAUGAAACAUUGUCGAUGAGGAAAUCAGAUUUGACUUAGCUUGUUAAGGAAAAUGAAAAAAUGAUCAUACUUGAGUCUUAUUAAAAAUAUUUAACCAAUUCUACUUUUUUUAACGUAACUGAUGAGAGUACAUGAGCUGAGUUUUAAAGUGGAAGAAUUCGGACACCCCCCUGGGCUUAAAGCAGGAGCGCUCAUGAUGCACUUUGUUCAUUGGCACUAGAAAGCAGGUGCUUGACACUUAAGGUACUCCACCUUCUCCACCUUCUUGACCUUCUUCCUUCCAUUGUUGGCCUGGUCUGAAUGUAGCUUGUCUCGGAGAACCUCCUUUUGAAUCAGUGUUCCACCCACUCCUCGCCUGCAGGCGCUCUCCCCCGCCACCUUACUUGACUUAAGUAUUAUUGCAUUGAUCGCUGCCACCAGCUUUUCUUUUUUUUUUUUUUUUUGUAUGCAAAGUCAGACCUGCGGCGCCCGUGCAACACCUGCAGGCUUUUCAUCCCGCACUCACGCUCUCUCGAAAUGAAAAACCAGCAUUUGUACAGAUGAUCGUCAAGCAAUGCAGUGCCUGUUGUACAUACAUACUUACAUACAUACAUACUAUGUCAAAUGUGACUUACUUUUCAUGUCUAUACGCAUGUCGGCGCUCAUCAGGCUUGCGUUCUGUUUUGUUUUUGUUUUAGCUGAGAAUGUUCCUUUUUUCCCCCCAGGGGAGGCAGUGCUAUAUUAAGUGCAGGCUUUUCCUUUUUUUUUGGUUAUUAUUUGAAAUGAUUCUAAUUCUGUGCAAGGCUGAUUUCUUUGUGGGUCUUGUGGCACUUUUACCUUCCUGUGAGUGUGAGAUGACGACAACAGCAGCAACAAAAACAACUCGAGUCGUAGUGAUCGUGCGGAAAAAAAAAAGGUCUUUGUGUGUAUCUGAAUGUACGUUUUUACACUUUGUUUUCCAGCUUAUUUGACCGUUUAGGAGGUGUCCAUUGUGAAACUGUACAGCGAAGGCCUUUGUAUCACUUGUAUUCUAUUUUGUUUUAUUAUUAUUUUUUAGCAAUGUGUAGAAGGUUGGUGCAGGGGCUAAAAUUGCCACAAGAUUAAAAUCAGUGUAAAUAAAGGCUCAAGUUUUUUUUGUUUA